AUGUGCUUGCUACCUGCUAAUAGCCCCAACGGCGAAAGCUUUCACGAUAAGGAACGUUUAAGCCAUACUGAGCUCUCGCUAGACCGACGACGCUUGUCAAGGCAUAUCAAACCCAGAGCAUCGUCAAUAUUCCUCUUCCUCUUGGACAUUUUGGUUAUCUGGCUACUCAUCCAUAAUUUGGAGCCUCUGAUCACUCUGUUACGCAGAAAUGAUGAGCUCUUCAGGCCACAAGUUAAUUUUUUUGAACAAGAAGACAGAACAAAUGGGUCAAGCUAUAUUCCGCGGAUACUCCACCAAACUGCUCCCACGGACAUAAUUCCAGAUAAGUGGACUGCAUCACAAGAAAGCUGCCAAAGGUCCUACCAGGACUUUGAAUACAAGUUGUGGACCGACGAGUCAACUCGCGCAUUCCUAUCGAUUCACUAUCCCUGGUUUGUGGACGUUUGGGAUAACUACCCCUUCCCGAUCCAGCGCGCGGACUCCCUUCGCUAUUUCGUCUUAUAUCACUACGGUGGUAUCUAUCUCGAUAUGGAUACCUGGUGCAACAACAGUGUUCCCAUCGACAAGAUCGAAUCGGAUGCAGUUACCGAAUAUGCACUUUUCAAGUCUACAACCCCGACAGGCAUCACAAAUGACUUCAUGAUAACAUCCGCCAAGCAUCCGAUCUAUGCAGCGGCAAUCGCGAAAUUACCGGCUUAUAAUGAUUUCUCUCGGACCUGGGCCCGAUGGCAACCAUACUGUGCUAUUAUGAUAUCUGCUGGACCAAUGUUCCUGACCAUGGUUGUUAAGGAUUACUUGCUCCAGCAGACUUCUCUGUCUUUUCGAAAUCUUGGUGUUGUGAAUCAAACCGAACUAAGUCCCUAUCUCACCGAUUUGGAGAGUGGCAGCUGGCACACGGCGGACACGAAUAUUUUAAUGUGGCUUGGAACUCGGCCGUGGGCUUGGUUCAGUCUAGGAGCAGUUGGGCUUUGCAUUUGUUUAUACCUCAUGAAUCGUGCUGUGAUGAUCAUGUUGAAGGUCUCGAUUCGCAAGAUUCCCCGUGGUUGGUGA